AAAAAGUGUGAUUUUUACCCAGGGGUCAAGGCUAGUUAAAUCAAAUCCCAUGGAUGAUCAAUAUAUGAAAAUUGUGGAAGAGGAAUUGGAAUUGGAGAAGCAGAGGACUUUGGCCAAGGUCGCAGAGGGUUAUGAAUCGGCCAAACGAAGGAUAUAUGCUAGAUUGAAGAGCUGUUGGAAAGAUGGGAGCACGAUGAAACUGGAGUUGAGGAACAGGAUUGCUCCAAUGAUUUUGACCAGAGAGGAGAUCAAAGGAGAAGGAGAUGUUCCUAUUGAGGUGGCUCUUGUUGAUGAUGUGACAGGAGAUGUUGUAGUUGAUGAACCGGAGGCCUCUGCGAAUAUCGACUUCUUUCUUCUCAAUGUUUCUGAAGCUGGAGAAUCGAUAGUCCCUCAAGAGGAAGGUAAAAAGCCUAUUCUUGCAGCAGGAAAUGUACCUCUGCAGCUGCACAGAGGCGUUGCUAAAAUCAACAACCUCAAGAUCAGAAACUGCGCCACCAAGAUUAAGCCACCGGUGUUCAAGCUAGGCGCCAGGGUUGUUGGUGCUUCUGUUCGAGUCAAGGAAGCCACGACAGAGGCCUUCGCCCUCAAAGAUUUUCGCCAAAAAUAUUUCAUCAAGCACCCGAAUCCAUCGCUAUCUGAUCAAGUAUCGCGAUUGGUCUUCAUUAGCAGAGGUGGUAAGAUCGAGAAACGUCUUAAUGAUAACAGCAUCUGUACAGUGGAGGAUUUUCUGAUUCGACAUCUCAUACAUCAGCAAAGCCUCAAGAAUAUUGUGAAUACCCAAGAAAGCAAGUGGAAGGCCAUUGUCAAGAAUGCUCAAGCAUGCCAAGUCAGCGAGAAGGUGUACUGUUACAUAGUAGAUCCGAAGCAGAAGACAGGUGUCGUCUUCAACAUUCUAGGACACGUGCUAGGAAUAUGUUCGGGAAGCCACUACUCUCAGAUAAGCACGCUGUCUGAAAAACAUAAGGUUGAUGCUGAGGUACUGUUGCCAUCUGCUUACCAUAACUGGAAGGAGGUGAAGGUCUUUAAUCAUCUGAAUAUUCUUCAUCAGCAUUUACAUGACAAAACUGAAAAUUCUCAGUCCUGCCCCCUCCUAGAUCCACCGCUGACUGAAUUGGUGGCAGAAUCAUUCCAAACAACGAACUCUGUUUGGGAAAAUUUUACUCUGGCCGACCCCUCCUGCCCCGGCCUACCAAAUCCACCGCAGACUGAAUUGGUGGGAAAAUCAUUCCAAGCAACGAACUCGUGUGGGGAAUAUGUUGUUGGAUCCAUGAAUGAUGAAAUAGACCGUAUAUAUGAUGCUGCGAUGCAAUCCCUUUACGCGUGGCCUAGCAGUCCGAGCCUCUUUUAAGUGUGAAAGAUGAUGAAACAAUCGACGUCAACUUCUUCCCAUGCAUGCUGCGUCUUAGACCAUGUUUAUCACCAACCCCAACCAUCCACUUUUUCAAUAUUUAAUUUAUUUCUAUCUCCUCCACAUCAUCUUUCACUUCAUUAAUAUUCAUCCAACCCAACCACACAUAUUUUCAUGGUUUAUCAAUGACCACCCAACCACACC